GUACCCGUGGCGACGGACGCGAGGAUUUCGUUAUAGUUCGUUUGUUUAUAUUGCAAACAGCGAGGGUUAAGGUAUUAUAGAGGUAUACUUAUCCAUGGUGAGGGCAUUGGGUUAUCGUUUGGUAUUUCCGUGUAGAUGUAUUUCAAUCGUUGCUGCUUCCUCACCAUUCGAUAUAGAUCGUAUUUUCGAUUUCGGUUUAAGUAUAUGAUAAUAUUAUACGGGUACUGUACCAACUACCAGUAUAAUGUCUGCCGACAAGGAAACGGUCCUCAGGCCGCACAAGAACAGUAGCCGGCGGCAGACGUUUGAGAUGCCAGGUGGCGAAAGUGAGCGUGCCCGGCAGUCGACCACGCACGUGACUUACCAACCGCCUAAGACUGUCGCCGAAAAACCACUAGACGAUAAAGAGAGAAAAAGAAAAGAAUUCGAAGAAUAUUUGUGGAAAACAAUGACUGAAAAAGUAAUGAACGACUUGGCAGCUAAAUCAAAGACCUUUUAUGAUCAAAAUAGACAAUUCGAAACUACGUACAACAGUACAUUUAAAAUCAAAGGGUUCAAACCAAAAGAAAUAGGAGAACAAUUGGACAAAGAACUAUGCGCCAAGUAUCCAUUGUACAACACAAACGGUAUGUCUGUGCCGGUUAAUCGGUACGAGUACGAUAAAGCUAAGCAACCCAUUCACAAGCCUUUGGCGCAUCUAUUCAAAAAGGAUAGUCGGUUCACCAGUCGAAUGAGCAACCCCAACGAUUAUCACGCUCCAGUUGAUCCAAAACAUUUUGCUUUUGUUUAAAAAAAGUAAAAACUCUACUUACACUGUACUUUGACAUGUGCUUUGUUAGGUAUACCCUGCAGGGCUUGAAACUAAAAAAAGGGCUCUCCGUGGAUAACCUUCGCACCUUGGUUUGUAUCUAACUUCACACUACACUCUGACCUAAAAAUGGAAUCAGUUGACCAAUUAGCCACUAAACAAUACAAAUCUUUUUAUUCCUAGCUACUUUUCCAUACUAACCCAUUAGUAUCACAAAUCUCGUCCAAUAUUCAACUCAUAAAUCCCACCCAUCGGCUCAAGAGAAAAUAUUGCAGAGAUUUACUAACCUAUAAAAUAAUUUAUCACGUUGGGUUCCAUUACUGGUUGGCCUCCCUUCUCAUAUUACUAAAAAUUAAAAUUUAUAUAAAUUAUCUAAUUUGCUUAUUGUGCUAUUCUAACAUAGAUUGUAAAUAUUCUUUAUAAAUAAAAAAAUAUUAUUUAGAUUU